CCCUCCGCCGCCGCACCCAUGGAGGCCGGCGCAGGUCGCUGAGCCCGGCGCUGCCGCCCCCGAGAGCCGCGGGCCCCGCGCAGUUCCCCUGUGCCCAGGACCCGCGGCACCACGGCCAUGUCUCUGCCGGGGAGCAGACGCUCAUCCACCGGAUCACGAAGGCGCCCCUCGCCCCCCGGGAGGGACACCUACGGCACCUCCUCGCUGAGCAGCAGCAGCAAUUCUGGCUCCUACAAGGGCAGCGACAGCAGCCCCACCCCAAGGCGCUCGGCCAAAUACAACCUGUGCAGUGACAACCAUGGCAUCAAACCACCCACACCAGAGCAGUACCUGACCCCACUGCAGCAGAAGGAGGUUUGCAUCCGGCACCUGAAGGCCCGCCUGAAGGACACGCAGGAGCGGCUGCAGGACAGGGAUGCUGAGAUCGAGGACCUGAAGACGCAGCUGUCGCGGAUGCAGGAGGACUGGAUCGAGGAGGAGUGCCACCGCGUGGAGGCCCAGCUGGCGCUGAAGGAGGCCCGCAAGGAGAUCAAGCAGCUGAAGCAGGUGAUCGACACGGUGAAGAACAACCUGCUGGAGAAGGACAAGGGGCUGCAGAAGUACUUCGUCGACAUCAACAUCCAGAACAAGAAGCUGGAGACGCUGCUGCACAGCAUGGAGGUGGCGCAGAACGGCGCGGGGCUGAAGGAGGAGGGGGCUGCUGAGUCGGCGGGGGGGUCCCCGGCGAGAUCCCUCACCCGCAGCUCCACCUACACCAAGCUGAGCGACCAGGCGGGCGGUGAGCGCACCGUGGGCGGAUCGCAGACCAUCUCGGUGGACGAAGGGGCCGACAGCGGCUUUGCUGGGGGGGACGAAGUGCUGUCAGCUCCAACCCACAGCUCCGGCUCUCUCUGA